UUGAGUGCGAGCAAGUAGUCCAAGUGCGUCUCUGUGAAAUCCGCGGCAUGAAGCGUCGCGGCGCGGGAUUCCUAGCUUCCGUCGCUUUGUGGACGCUUUUGCUUCAAUAUACGGAUGCCGAUUGGUGGCAAUUAGGAUUGCCACAUAUUAUGUCCGAAACUGUGGAGUUAACCCCAGCAGAACACAAGGAGCAUUGUAUGAAACUGGAUUAUUUCGCAGAACCGCAAAAGGAGAUAUGUUCAAAGUAUUCAAAAAUUUUACCUAUUUUGGGAAUGGGUGCUCGACUUGCUAUUGAGGAAUGCCAAAACCAGUUUUCGUUCAGCAGGUGGAACUGCACUACAUUUCAAGAAAAAAACAACACUUUCGGGAACGUUGUCUCGUACAGGAGUAGAGAGGCAGCAUAUCUCUCAGCAAUCUCAGCGGCCAGCGUGGCAUACGCAGUGACAAGAGCUUGUUCUAAAGGCGAUCUGGCUGAAUAUUGUUCCUGUGAUAACAAAAUAAAUAAAAGAAAAUCUCAAAAAUUCAAAUGGGGUGGCUGUUCAGAUGACAUCAAAUAUGGCGAAAUGUUCAGCAGUCAGUUCCUGGACAUACGGGAAGAUCGCAGCACGGCUCUGGGGCUCAUGAAUCUCCACAACAAUGAGGCAGGCAGGCGAGGCGUUCGAUCACGAAUGCAACGGACCUGUAAGUGCCAUGGAGUUUCUGGUUCCUGCAGUAUGCAGAUCUGUUGGAGAAGGCUUCCUUCCUUCAAAGCAGUAGCAGAAGGUCUCUUCCAACGCUAUGAGGGUGCGUCCCACGUACGAUUCAAAGAAACUAAAAAGAGAGAGAGGAGGCUAAGAGCUAUGAGCAAAGACAUGAAAAAGCCGAAACGAACCGAUCUGGUGUAUCUAGACGAUUCUCCGGAUUACUGCGAAAAGAAUGAAGCGUUGAACAUUCUGGGAACCCACGGAAGAAUAUGCAACCGUACCAGCCCUGGUAUGGACGGCUGUCGGCUUCUGUGUUGUGGAAGAGGUUACCAAACGAGAGUACGAGAAGUAGAAGAGAAAUGCAACUGCAGGUUUGUCUGGUGUUGCAAUGUAGUAUGUGAUAUAUGCAGAUCUCGGAAAGAGGAGCACGUCUGCAACUGAAAAUGUACAAAAAUGAAUGACUGAAGAAAAUAUUACCAACCGAAUUUUGGUCGUCAAGACAUUGCUUGCGUGAAAUCUGUACUUAUUGCGGAAGUAUGCGGAAAAACGAGAGAAAUAGUACUUAGAUAGUAUGUACAGAAAUUCCAAAAGGAGGCUGCAUAGUUGGUAUAACUGUCCAUUUAACUAUGCUGUGUUGUAAUGAAUAAUUCAGAUGACUGCCACUUUUGUACUCAGUAUGGAUUAUCCUACAAAAAAAUUUUCACCCUGUACCCAGGAGGAAAGCGAUUGACGUUUGAGAAUUAGUAAUAUACCUCUUGAGUAGUUUUAUUUUUCAUCAACAAUUGGACUAUUUUGACGAGAAAACGUGAUGAACUUCUUGUACAUGAUAAUAUUUUUCAAUUCGAAUUGAAAAUUUUAUGAAACUCCAAAUAGUCAACGUUGAAUUAUUUGAUAGUAUGAAAUUUCACAAAAUCAACUUGGUAUUUUAUUCAGAUGAUAAUUUCAUUUAUCCCCCAUUU